AUGGAGAAUGACCAGUCUCCCACUUCAGCUGGACAGGACAUGCAGGGGCAGAGUGGGGACAAAUCUGCCCCCGGCUCCCAGCCCACUGUCGCAGCCCCCAUGGAGCAGCCAAGUGCCCAGCCCGAAGCAGCUGUGUGUGACAUCUCAGAAGAGCUGAGCCGGCAGCUGGAGGACAUUAUUAAAACCUAUGGGUCUGCCACGAGCCUGGUGGAGAAGGAAAGUGCUACUACAGGAAUCAACAGACCUGAUAAGGGAGAGCCAGGCAGCAUGGAGGAUGCAGAGUAUGAAGAUGCAAAUGAAGAGACUGAGAAAGAGAAGCUGGCUCCUGGGGAUGCUUCCAGAGUGAAGGAGCCCAGUGGCAGCAAGGAGCAAAAGCUGGAGAAGAAAAUCCUGAAAGGGCUAGGGAAGGAAGCCACCCUACUGAUGCAAAGCUUGAACAAACUGAACACUCCAGAGGAGAAGCUGGACCUGCUAUUUAAGAAGUAUGCUGAGCUGCUUGAAGAGCAUCGUGCUGAGCAGAAAAAGCUCAAAUACCUGCAGAAAAGGCAGGCCCAGAUCACCAAGGAGAAGGACCAGCUGCAGAGUGAACACAGCAGAGCCAUCCUUGCCCGCAGCAAGCUUGAGAGCCUGUGCCGGGAGCUCCAGAGGCACAACAAAAACCUGAAGGAGGAAACAAUUCAGCGGGCACGGGAGGAAGAUGAGAAGAGGAAAGAAAUAACUAAUCAUUUCCAGGGCACACUGAGUGAAAUCCAGGCUCAGAUCGAGCAGCAAAGUGAGAGGAACAUGAAGCUUUGCCAGGAGAACACAGAGCUGGCAGAGAAGCUGAAAAGCAUCAUUGACCAGUAUGAACUGCGAGAAGAGCACCUUGAUAAAAUAUUUAAGCACAGAGAACUUCAACAGAAGCUGGUGGAUGCCAAGUUGGAGCAGUCUCGGGAACUGAUGAAGGAAGCUGAGGAGCGACAUCAGAAAGAAAAGGAAUACCUCCUGAACCAAGCUGCUGAAUGGAAGCUCCAGGCCAAAAUGUUAAAGGAGCAAGAGACUGUCCUACAGGCACAGAUCACUCUGUACUCAGAAAGGUUUGAAGAAUUUCAGAAAACUUUAACCAAAAGCAAUGAAGUGUUUGCCACAUUCAAACAGGAGAUGGAGAAAAUGACAAAGAAAAUGAAGAAAUUGGAGAAGGAUACUGCUACAUGGAAAUCCAGAUUUGAGAACUGUAACAGAGCAUUACUGGACAUGAUUGAAGAGAAAGCCAUGAGGACCAAGGAAUAUGAGUGUUUUGUGCUGAAAAUCCAGAGGCUAGAGAACCUUUGCCGGGCUUUGCAGGAAGAGAGGAAUGAAUUGUACCAAAAAAUAAAGCAAGCACAGUUCCCUGAAGAAGUGAAUGGAAAUGGCAUCUUAGAAGAAGAUGAUGCUGAUGCAAGCCCUUCCUCUUCUGAGCAGGAAAGCAUUGAGCUGCAUGCUAGUGAUGAGACCAUGCUGAAGGAACUGGCUGAAGCUUUCAGAGUGUCCCACAAGGCAGAGGAGUCCCUCCCAAGCAACAGAAGUAAUCCAGAGACCUGUGAUGCUCAAACAUGUAAUGCUGCCCUGGAGUCAGAGCUCCCCUCUCCUCUCACCCCACAGGCAGAGGCCAGGAAUCACUGUGAGCAGCCCAGCACAAGCACACCAACACUCACUGAACAUGUGCCAGGACCCACUGAGAGCACGCCAGUCCCCACUGAAGAUAUGACAACACCUACUGAGAAUGUGCCAAAGCCCACCCAAAGCAUGCUUGAACUCCCAGAAAGGGUGACAACACCCCUAGAAAGUGUGCCAGUACCUCCCAAGAGCAUGCCAGUGCCAAAACCUAUUGAAAGUAUGCCAGUGCCAAAACCUAUUGAAACCAUGCCAAUGCCAAAGCCUGUCGAAACCAUGCCAGCAACCCCUGAAAACGUGCCAAUACCCACACAAAACAUGUCCACUUUCCUUGGGAAUAUGCCAGUACCCACGAAAAACCCACCAAAAGCUGCAGAAUAUGUGGAUGACCCAGCAGAGCAGUCUGUACAAGGUCAGUCCACAGAGCAAACAGGGGUCACAGAUAUGGAAGCACUGGAUUGA